GUUGCAUGUAUUCAAAGAGCUUCACUGGCUGCUUUAUUAUCAUGGCUCAGUUUAAAUAUCGGUGCAGCGUGUUCUUUCUCUGCUGAAGCACACUGCGCCUCGUCUGUUUUCAAGUUUUUGUCAUUUUAUGAGAGGAAUAAAAUUGUACAAGUUACAGAAAAACGUUGUUCGGCAACAACAAACCAUUAGUCGACUGCUGGCGAUAAUUUGGGAUUAUGGUCAUCAAGGUUUACGUCGCUUCCUCAAGUGGCUCGAUCGCGGUAAAGAAACAUCAGCAGGCAGUUGUGGGUUUCUUGGAGGCAAAUCGAAUUAACUUCCAGGAAGUCGACAUUACCAUGCUGGAGGAGCAGAGGCUCUGGAUGUACCGCAACAUCCCCAAGGAAAAGAAACCAGAGAAAGGCAAUCCACUGCCUCCACAGAUCUUCAAUGAGGAUCGCUACUGUGGUGACUACGAAGAUUUCUUCCAGUCAAAGGAGAACAACACUGUGUUUGCAUUCCUUGGACUCAGUUCUCCACUCAGUAAGACAAAUUUAGAGUGCUAGAUCAAGCCCAUCUUUACACGUGCAUAACUUCCUGCAUUGCAUCACCUCCUUUCUCGUGACAACUCCAGAGUUUUGCCAAACUUCAGCCCUAGUGAAUGCCGCCUCGCUGACCCAUUCACCGGAUCUGAAAAGGGCCCAAUGCUGCAGCUACAGAGAUGAAAUCAUGGAGGACUAACUUUGCCUGGGUUCCGUUUGCGUUUGGUUUUGUUGCUUAACAUGGUGUGUCGGCAAACGAUGCUUGUAGCACAUGUCCCUGCUAACUCGAGAACCACGUAGCAGCAUUUUCAUCAGUGGCCUUUUAAAAGUGUCAGUGCAAUGGAUGGAGAACUUUAAGUUCGCCAUCCAUCGCAAAUCUACAAUGGCCGAGGAAGGCACUGCUGCCGGAGGUGUGAUGGAUGUCA